CCUUGUGUGCCUGCCUCGUUUGCUAGUGCGUGGGGACCGUGGCGGCUGCUACUACGACGGGAGCCCGGGGAGAGUGGGGGCCCGCGGAGCAGAGAAGCAUCCCGGCGUCCAGGUCCCAGUCCCAGACGGCGUGGCCCCCGGGUCAUGGCCAAAGGAGAGGGCGCCGAGAGCAGCUCCGCGGCUGGGCUGCUGCCCACCGGCAUCCUCCAAGCCGGUGAACGCCCGGCCCAAGUGAAGAAGGAGCAGAAGAAGAAACAGCAGUUGUCCAUUUGCAACAAACUUUGCUAUGCAGUUGGGGGGGCCCCCUACCAGGUGACAGGCUGUGCCCUGGGGUUCUUCCUGCAGAUCUACCUGUUGGACGUGGCUCAGGUGAACCCUUUCUCUGCUUCCAUCAUCCUGUUUGUGGGCCGAGCCUGGGAUGCCUUCACUGAUCCUCUGGUGGGCUUCUGCAUUAGCAAAUCCCCCUGGACCCGUCUGGGCCGCCUCAUGCCCUGGAUCAUCUUCUCCACACCUUUGGCUAUCAUCGCGUAUUUCCUCAUCUGGUUUGUGCCUGACUUCCCACAGGGUCAGACCCUUUGGUACCUGCUUUUCUAUUGCCUCUUUGAGACACUGGUCACGUGUUUCCAUGUUCCCUACUCCGCCCUCACCAUGUUCAUCAGCGCCGAGCAGAGUGAGCGGGACUCCGCCACCGCCUAUCGGAUGACCGUGGAGGUGCUGGGCACAGUGCUAGGCACAGCGAUCCAGGGGCAAAUCGUGGGUCAAGCAAAUGCGCCUUGUCUCCAGGACCCCAAUGGCUCUGCAGAGGCCUCGGAAAGUGCCAAUCGCACACAUAGCAAUGCUUCACUCAAAGAAACGCAAAAUGCAUACCUGCUGGCAGCAGGGGUCAUUGCCUCAAUCUAUGUCAUCUGUGCUCUCAUCUUGACCCUGGGCGUGCGGGAACAGAGAGAACCCUAUGAGACCCAGAAGGCUGAGCCAAUGCCCUUCUUCCAGGGCCUCCGGCUGGUCAUGAGUCAUGGCCCGUAUGUCAAACUCAUUGCUGGCUUCCUCUUCACCUCCCUGGCUUUCAUGCUGGUGGAGGGGAACUUCGCCUUGUUUUGCACUUACACCUUGGGCUUCCGCAAUGAGUUCCAGAAUCUACUCCUGGCCAUCAUGCUCUCAGCCACAUUCACCAUUCCCAUCUGGCAAUGGUUCCUAACUCGGUUCGGCAAGAAGACAGCUGUAUACAUUGGAAUCUCAUCAGCAGUGCCAUUUCUCAUCUUGGUGGCCCUCAUGAAGAGUAACCUAAUCGUCACGUAUGUGGUGGCCAUAGCAGCCGGAGUCAGUGUAGCAGCUGCCUUCUUAUUACCCUGGUCCAUGCUGCCUGACGUCAUCGACGACUUCCACCUGAAGCAUCCCACCUCCCACGGCACUGAGCCCAUCUUCUUUUCCUUCUAUGUCUUCUUCACCAAGUUUGCCUCUGGAGUCUCACUAGGAAUCUCCACCCUCAGUCUUGACUUUGCUGGGUACCAGACGCGGGGUUGCUCUCAGCCAUCACGUGUCAAGUUUACGCUGAAGAUGCUAGUGACCAUGGCUCCCAUAGUCCUCAUCUUGCUGGGCCUCCUGCUCUUUGAGCUGUACCCCAUCGAUGAGGAGAAGCGGCGGCAGAAUAAGAAGGCCCUGCAGGCUCUGCGGGACGAAGCCAGCAGCUCGGGCUGCUCCGACACAGACUCCACAGAGCUGGCCAGCAUCCUCUAGGGCCGGCUGUAUCACCUGAUGCCACCACACAGAAGGCCUGGGUCAUCAGGCCACACGAGGACCAGAACCUGUUUGCCCACUCGCUGAACAGCUGUUCUCCAGGUGCCAGGACAGGGACCAAGGACUGGAGGGUGAGCGGGCCCAGCACAUCUGUGCUCACCGUGGGGCUGGCCGCUCUAUAGCCUCCGCCUCCCCUCUGCCUGCCCCCAGGACGAAGCCCUGGGGCUGCUACUGUGAAUAUGCCAAGGACUGAUCGGGCCUAGCCUGAAGCACUAAUGUAGAAACAUUUUAUACAGAGACUAAUGAAUAACUUAAUGACAUGUACAUAGUGCCAUGUGUGUAUGUAAAUGUCUGUGAGCUAUUAAUGUUAUUAAUUUUCAUAAAAGCUGGAAA